UCUCUCUCUCACAGGCAAAGCCAUGUCCAAGAUCAUAUCCCAAUCUGAAACUACAGCCUCCAGUACGACGCCGGAGCAAGUUCCAUGGAGUGGCGUCCGUUGAAAGCUAACGAUGCGAACGUCCAGAUGCAGAGCCCUAAUGACGAAGCCAUGUUCGACGAAGCAACCAUGGUCGAUGAUGAUGAAGUAAUGGGCAAAUCUAAAGCUACCCUCCAACCAAAACCAAGUUGGUUUGAUGAUGAUGAUGACUGCAUUGGGCAGAAUCGUAACGAUGAAGAGGAAGGUAUACAAAAGGCGAUUGGAGACCCAAUGGCUCGACUCCAACUGCGAAAAAAGCGUAAUUACUGUGAAGUUUGUUGUGAGGAAGUUGAGGACCACAAGAGUUACAAUUGCCCGUAUUUUGUUUUGGUACCAAAGGGCGCUCGUGUUGGCGAACACUGUGAUAUAGUUUGCACAGAAUGUGGUGAGCAAGUUUCCGAGCACGAAGGUGAGCUUAAUGUGCACUAUGAAGGACGUGCUAUUUUGAAGUACUGUGAUUGGUGUCGGGAUUACUGUAGCCACUGGACUGAAGAAUGCGAGUCCAUGCCAAAAUAGUGAAAAUGUCACUGAAGAAUGCGAGUCCAUGCCAAAAUAGUGAAAAUGUCUGGACCUUGUCUUGGUGAGUAACUUAGUGGUAAGUUUGUUGGGAGGAUUGAGGUGUUGCUGGAUGAAGAUGACUGGUUCUUGUAGUCGAGGGAAGAUCGAGUGCUGGUAGUUGUUAUGUGACAAGUCUUGUAAGCGCAUCAUUUUGGGUGUAAUGAAUCUAAUGAUAUUGUUAUUUGUAGUA